CGUUUUGAAAAACCCUAGUCGAUUUCGAGAUCCAAAACCUUGCUUCAGGUUCAAGAGUUCUUCGCUCCUUAAUUCUCACGGUUUCUUAGAAAAUUCUUCGGGAAUUCUAGUCGAUUACGGCCGUGUUCCUCUCUCUCUCUCUCUCUAGUGUUUUAAAGGUUUUUAGAAAGAUGAAGGAUAACGGUGAUGCGACAGCUGUUUUCUGGGACAUCAAUAGGUGUCCCAUCCCUAAUGGAUUUGAUGCUCGUUGGGUCCGUCCGUCUAUCAAACGUUUUUUGAGGAACCUUGGCUACUCUGGUCCCCUCACCGUCACUGCCGUUGGCGCACUAUCAGGCGUCCCUUUUGACAUCCUGGGAGGAGUCUAUUCCAGUGGAAUCUGUCUUGCUAACGUCCUCCACGACGGUUAAUAUCUUCUUCUCUCAUAUCCUUUUGUCUCUCUGUUUUGAAACAGGUUCCGUUUCCGUGGGUGCUAACAUUAUGUUAACCGAUAAGAAUCCACCUCCAGCUAACAUUAUGGUCAUAUCCGAUCCAAGAACCUUCCCUUGUUUUUAUGGCUUGCUAGAAGCUCAGGGAUACAACAUUCUUCAGCCGUUUCCAUAUGAUUCUCUCCACAGUUUUUUUCAUCCAGAUUCAUGUGCACUGGAAGCCGUGGAAUCUGCCUGGUGGAAGUGCUUUAUAUGCCCCCAUGAUCCUCCUGCCCAAGGCUCUGAUAAUUUCACCACGCAUCUCGCCAGAGAAGAACACCACCAGAUGCAAUUUCCGGAAGUCUUACGUACGAAUGUUGUCGGCCUACCCAUGGCUCCCCUUGUUUCUCAUCCGCCGAUUGCUACUACCCUGGUGUCGGACCACCCGCCUAUGAAUAUCAGACUUCAAUACAUUUUUGGACCACUACGUGACUCUCAUGACCUGAAAGCUGUUACAGUGGUCUUUUGGGACAUCAAUAUGUGUCCCAUCCCCAGUGGAGUUGAUGCUCGUUGGGUCGGUCCGCGUAUUAAACAGUUUUUGGAGAAGAGUGGCUACUCUGGUCCUCUCACCAUCACUGCCGUUGGCGCACUAAAAGACGUCCCUAAUGGCAUCCUGGGAGAACUCUUUUCCAGUAGAAUCAGUCUUGAUAACGUUGCCUAUGGUUCAUCAUCCAUUGAGGAUCUUAUUUUCCAGUUUCAAGAUAUGAAUCCACCUCCAGCUAAUAUAAUGGUCAUAUCCGAUCCCACAAUCUUCCCUUCUGAGGAUUCUGGCUGGCUACAAUCGUCAGGAUACAACCUUAUUCAGCCGUAUCCGUAUGAUUCUCUUCAAAGCUUUCUUCCAACAGAUUCAGGGGAACUUGACUGCAUGGAAGUGGGUGAAUCUGCCAGCUGGGUUUGCUCAGUAUGCCGUUCCCCUCCUGGCCAAGUCUUUGAGAAUUUCACCACGCAUCUCUCUAGUCAAGUACAUGAACGGAAGACGUUGGGCUGUAGGCCUAGGAACUAGGAAGAAUAACAGAUGCUGAACUAGGAAUGCUCCCUACCAUGGUGAAGAAUCAACCGAAGGCAAGUUUCAAUAGCUGUGAUAACGUUGGGAUUUUAAAUCUUUAAUUUAGAAUUGUGGGGCUCGAAGGAGCAAGUUCAAGUGUAACGUUCAACAUACCCCUAGCACACUAAGAUAUAAAAGCCAUUUAUAAAACAGUACGACUCUUAAAUUAUUCUUGCAA